AUGGCUUGGCCGUUUCGUAGCCGUUGGGAGGGACGGGGCAUUGCAGACCUGGAGCAAGGACCUAGACACGUGAGUCCGGAGGAGCAGCUUGGCAGCGGCCAGGCGCAGGUCCUGGGCGCCAAGUUGAUGCUUCUUCUAGCAGCCACUUUCCUCUUGGUCUCUCCGGCCUUGAAGUCCGACUGGGCAGUCUAUGUGCUGCCCUACGCGGCGUUUCAGCUUCUGCUUCUGACGAUCCUCCUCCUUCGUGGUCUAUGUACAGAAGGCCCCAAAGCCAGCCCCAAAACCCCAGUCUUUCGGAUUUGGGCCAAGCUGCCGGCACUGCCGGCCGAGGAGGUUGCCUCAGAGGUGCCCCAGUUCCUAGUCCACGAGAUCACCUGCAAGAACAUGAAGGCUGUUAUCGAGCGCACGGGGCCCUGCGUGGGUGCCAAAAUGGGCGCAUGCCCCAGGCUAGGCUCCUGCUGCAUCUGUAUGGACGAUGCGGACAUGGUCGCGAUGCUGCCCUGUGGGCACACUUUUUGCGAGCCCUGCAUCGCGCAGUGGUCCAUGUCAGGCUCCGAAUACAGCGGAAAGUGCCCAGUUUGCCGCGCGGACUUUGGGGCAGCUGCUCUUGAUGGCUAG